AUGUUUUCUUUUGGUUUAAUAAAAAAAAAAAAUAAGGAGGAGCAAGCGGAGGAAGAAAAAGCAGAACAGCAAAUUAAGGAAAAUGAAGUUGAAGAUAAUGAUAAUAAGGGAAAUUCCGAUAAUGAAAAAAGCAGAGCAGUAGAUGAAAAGGAUAAGAACAAUGAAAAAGAAAAAGAAAAACAAAAUGAUAAAGAGGAUGAUAAACAUGAUGAGGAUAAGAAAAUAGAUAGCAGCAAAUCGAAAAGCAAGAGACCAAGAAAAACAAUAAGGAAAACGAAAAGAGGACAAAAGGAGGAGGAAGAAGAGAAGGAAGAAAAGGAAGAAAAGGAAGAAAAGGGGGAGAAGAAAGAGAAGGAGAAUAUAGAUGAAAAGAAAGAGAAGGAUGAAAAGGAAGUGGAAAAUGAAAAAGAUCAGAAAGAUAAAAAGGAUGAAAAGGAAAUGAGUGAAAUGAGGAAAAUGAAGGAAGAAAAGGAAUUGAGGGAUGAGAAAGAUGAAGAGGAGGAAAAGAAAGGUAAAAGAGAACCAAAAAGCAAACAGGGAAGGAAAGGUAAGAAAGUUAUAAACGAUGAAAAGGAAGAAGACGAGGUGAACAAGGUCAAUGAGGAAAAUGUUGCUAAUGAGGUCAGUGACGCUAAUGAGGCUAAUCAGGAUAAUGAGGCUAAUCAGGAGGACAAGGAGGAAUUCCAAAUGAGGGAGGAAAUAAAAACCACAGAAGAAUUAAAAGAUAAAGACGCAAAGGCAAGCGCUCUUACCUUAGAAAUUUUAGGAGAUAUUCCUGAUGCUGAUUUAAAACCACCAGAAAACAUUUUAUUUGUUUGUAAACUAAACCCAGUAACCGAAGAAGAAGACUUAAAGACCAUAUUCUCCAGAUUUGGUCCCAUUAUAUCGUGUAAUAUUGUGAAAGAUAAAGUUACGAAGAAUUCAUUACAGUAUGCUUUUAUAGAAUUUGAAAAAAAGGAAGACUGUUUAAAUGCUUACUUUGAAAUGGACAAUGUAAUUAUUGAUGAUAGAAGAAUACAUGUUGAUUUUUGUCAGUCUUUGUCGAAAUAUAAAGGAGAUAUGUCAAACUGGAGCAUCAAAAACGCUUCCCUCCUUAACACUAUUAAGAGUAAGAAGCUAACUUUGGUAGAUGCAAAAAACAAAGGUGGUAGUAAUGAAAGCAAUAACAAUAAAAGUAAUAAUAAUGGCAGUGAUAACAGAGGAAGUGAUAACAAAGAGGAAGAAGAGGAGGACAGCAUAAGAGUUUUCAAGUACGAAAGUGACGAUAAUAUCAGGGAAUACGAAAUAACAUCUAAAAAAGGUGAAAAAGAUCGAAGCAAUAAUGACAAGUUUGAAAAUUCAAACAGAAGAAAUCAGGUUACAGCAUACAACAAAGAUAGUUAUAAAAAUUAUCCAAAUCAACAAUACUAUAGAAGAAAUCCAUAUAAUUACAAAUACAAUAAUAAUUACAAUACAGUUUCAUCUAAAAACUAUUUUUAUCAAAAAAAUUUUAAUUAUUAUGAUAAGUAUAAAUAUUAUAAUAAAAGUAACAUACGAAGAAACAGUAUUAUUAACAAAAGGAAUUAUUCGCCAAAAGAUUUGGGUUACAGAAAUGGUGAUUUUAGAAGGUAUAGUAAGCAUAGAAGACAUCCUAGCAAUUCUUCUGUUAGUAUAGAAAGAAAAAGAAAUACAAACAAAGAUUCGAGAAACAGUGGACAUAAAAUGUUGAGCAAGUCACUUGAAAAUUAUCGAAACACGCAUACGAAGGAAGAUAUAAAAGAUAAGCAUCAUAGAGACUACUCCAAAGAUUAUGCAAAAAAAGAUGAUGAGUACUCGGAUAUAAAAGAUAGGAAAAAAAUGAAGGAAAAAGGAGAUGACGAAAGGGUAGAUCGUGAUGAUAGUUAUGAUAAUAGAAAAUAUGACAAUGAAAAGGAUGGAGGGGAUGAUGUGGAUGUAGAUGUAGAACGUCAUUCAAGUUAUAAUUACAAAGUGCAAGUUAAACCAAAAAAAACAAAUAAAGCAUCAUCUAAUUCAGCUUAUAGUGGUAGUAGAGAUGGAGAUAAAACCUACAACAAUAAAAGAGAUAAUAAUAAAAACUAUUAUGAUAAAAAAAGGAAGUAUAACGAUGAAUACAACAAAAGAGGUGAUAAUAAAGAUUACUAUGGUACUAAUUACUACAAAGAAAAAGAUCAAUAUAGUAAAAAACAAAAAAGAUAUCCUAGUAGACAUGAUGAUUAUUGUGAGGAGGAUAGAUAUAAAAAGUAUUAUCCUAAAUAUUAUGACAAGAAUGAGAAAAAAUAUUACGCAAAAGAUGAAAGAAAAUAUGAUUAUAAAAACUAUUAUGAUGAAAAAACAUACUAUGAUGCAGAUAGAAAAUCGUAUAAAUAUAAAAAUGAGGAGUAUAAAAAGUAUAAUAAUAAUAAUAGUAAUUAUAAUAAUUAUUAUAAUAAGGAACAUUCAUAUGAUAAUUAUAGCGAAGAAAGAAAAGGAAAAUAUAGGAGGUCUGAAUCGUAUGAAUACAAAGACGAUAAAAGAAAAUACAGUAAUAAAAAUGAUGACUAUUAUAGCAAAUAUAAAGACGAAAGAACAAAAUAUAAUAACAAAUAUAACACAUACAACAUUCACAGUUCCAAAAAUUAUAGUAAUAAUUAUAAUAGUAAUAAUAAGGACUCCAAACCUUACGGUAUUGUGUAUAAGGAUGAAAAGAGUUACUAUAAAAAAUAUAAGGAAAAAAGGUAUGAUAAAGAUGGAUAUGAUGAUCAUGAUGAUUAUGAUGAUCGGUAUGAUCGCUAUGAUCGUUAUAAGCGGGAUACUCGGAAAUUAUCAAGAAAUUAUUAUAAGAAAGAUGACAAAAAAGUGUAUGAUAAUUAUAAGAGUUACCAUAAAACGUCCUAUUAUGAUGAUAAAGAUGGGAAAAUACGACGAAAGGACGAUUACAAAUAUGAUGAAGAGUAUAGAGAUAAAUAUAAUAAAUCAUAUGAAGGAAAAAAUAAAAUGAGUAGUAGAGAACGUAUAAAUGAUAAAAAGAGUUACAAUUAUUCCUCCUAUAAAAAAGGAAAAUAUUCAGAUUCAAAAAGAGAAGUGGAUUAUAGCAAGUCGAGUAAUGUACGAUCUGAUAAAAAAAAUAAAGAUUCAAAAAAAUAUAGAUCCAAAUCCGCUUCUGAUUUAAGUAAUAAGAGCUCCAGUAAAUACAUCUCGAAGAAUAAAAAACAAAAAAAUGAAAAAUAUACAGUAAGGGACAAAAAAAAAGAAAAGAAAAAGAAAAAUUAUAAUCAUGAUGAAGAUUCUGAUAAAUAUAAUGAUUCAUUUAGUAAUUCAAAUGAUUCUUAUUCCAGCAAAAAAGUUGGCAAAAAAAAUUCUUAUGCAAUAAAAAUUGAAUCAGCUAACUCAUCCUAUUCAUAA